AUGAAUUUGGGUGAAUGGAUUGAAUUUUUUGAGGCUGCUGGUGUUCCACCCAAAGUUCGAGAGACCUAUGCUGCCAUUUUCGUUGAACACCGUAUUAACCAUGCAGUGCUAGCUGAUCUAGACAAAGAUCAUCUUAAAGACAUGGGGAUCACAGUAAUUGGUGAUGUUAUCUCUAUACUGAAACAAUGUAAGAAAAUGAGGCAUGAAUUGUCAGUUGCACCAGUACCUGUUGUCACUUCAACCACAUCUAAAGAUCCUUCAUCUGAAGAUAAGAAGCCAGUGCCCAAGGAUGUUAUUUCUGUGGUCCCAGUGCGACGUCGAAUGGAUCCUAAAAUUGAGGGUAAAUAUAUUGUCAAGAUGCCAAAAGGAACAACGCCAAAAACGCAGAAGAUUCUUGCAUCCAUGAAACAGAAAGCAGCUAUGAAGUCUAGUCAACAACAACAACAACAAGGAAAAACUGAUAAACCUUCUAAAACUACUGAAUCUCCAGUCUCAUCCACUUUUGGCGACAGUGACGCUGACGAUUCUGAUAAUUAUCGUGUGAUUAUCUCUAAGCCAAACACCACUUCUUCUUCUCUUCAACGUCUGGUGAAUCCGUAUUCAAUCGGUUAG